AUUUAUUUAAUUUGAUUAUUCCUUGAGUUAGCAAAAUUGUUUUGGGUAACGAGAGAAAAAGGGUGGGGAACAUGGAAAUUGGUAUGCUACCAAUCUCUGCAUCAAAGAGAGGAAAACUCUUAGCUGCUGGUUACACCACACUUCACUCCAUUGCCACCACUUCCAUCACUCACCUUGCCACAGAUAUAGAAGUUUCUGAGAGUGAAGCUUUGGAAAUUCUGAAUUUUGCUACAAGAAACAGUGCUUUGGAAAGAUCAAGUGGGAGUAACACUAAUGUUAUUCAAGGUGGUCAGACUGCUUGGGAUAUGCUCAAUGAGGAAAGGUUUUCUUCUUCCAUUACCACUUCUUGUGCUGAUCUAGAUAACAUCCUUGGUGGAGGCAUUAAUUGCAAAGAAGUCACUGAAAUUGGUGGAGUUCCGGGCAUCGGCAAAACACAAAUAGGGAUUCAACUUGCAGUAAAUGUCCAGAUUCCUCUAGACUAUGGUGGCCUAGGUGGGAAGGCAAUAUACAUUGAUACAGAAGGAAGCUUUAUGGUCGAACGUGUUCUUCAAAUUGCUGAAGCAUGCAUAGAAGAUAUGUCAGAAUAUAGCCACCACUUCCACAAGGAUAAUCAAGCUUAUGGAGUUAAAAUGCACCCAAAUAGUAUCUUGGAAAAUAUAUUCUAUUUCCGUGUUUGCAGCUAUACUGAACAAAUUGCUUUGGUAAAUUACUUGGACAAAUUCGUCACGGAGCAUAAAGAUGUGAAGAUCAUCAUUAUUGACAGUGUUACUUUCCACUUCCGCCAAGACUUUGAAGAUAUGGCUCUUCGGACUCGAUUACUUGGUGAAAUGUCUUUAAAGUUGAUGAAACUUGCAAAAAAUUUCUCUUUGGCUGUUGUUAUGUUGAAUCAAGUUACAACCAAGCAUGUUGAAGGUUCAUUUCAGUUGACACUUGCCCUAGGUGAUAGCUGGUCGCAUUCAUGCACGAACCGGAUCAUCUUAUAUUGGAAUGGCGAUGAACGACAUGCAUACAUUGACAAGUCUCCUUCUCUUAAAUCAGCUUCAGCACCAUAUUCUGUGACUUCUAGAGGGAUACGUAAUUCUACUUCAAGUAGUAAAAGAAUCAAGAUGGUGUGAGAUUUUUAGUAGGAAGAUAAUAGAACAUGUUUCUUUUCCUCUCUUUUUUUUUUGGCUUUUCUACAAUAUUGGCUUUUGUAUAGCCGCCCUCAAAGUACAGUGACCUUUGUUUUGGUUGGAUAAGAAAUUUGUCUCAUCUAAAGUGAGCAAUUUUAAAAGGAGAAAAUCAAGAAUUUCUAUUUCCAUGAACUCCAAUUUGUUAUGAUGCAUCUGCAAUGUUGACAUUUAAUUUGUUAAUCAAUAGUAGUUAAUAUCGUACCA